GAAAGUUAUGGUACUGUUAUUGGUAUCGAUUUAGGUACCACUUAUUCCUGUGUUGGUGUUAUGAAGAAUGGUAAAGUUGAAAUUUUGGCUAACGACCAAGGUAAUAGAAUUACCCCAUCCUAUGUUUCCUUCAAUGAUGAAGAAAGAUUGGUUGGUGAUGCUGCUAAGAAUCAAGCUAGUUCCAAUGUUAACAACACUAUUUUUGAUAUCAAGAGAUUAAUUGGUUUAAAGUACAAUGACGAAUCUGUUCAAAAAGAUUUGAAGCAUUUACCAUUUGUUGUUGAAAACCAAAAGGGUAAGCCAGUUGUUAAAGUUCAAUAUGGAGGUGAACAAAAGACCUUUUCUCCAGAAGAAAUUUCUGGUAUGAUUUUGGGUAAGAUGAAGAGUAUUGCUGAAGAAUACCUCGGUAAGAAGGUUACCCAUGCCGUUGUUACUGUUCCAGCUUACUUCAAUGAUGCUCAAAGACAAGCCACUAAGGAUGCCGGUACUAUUGCUGGUUUGAAUGUUUUAAGAAUUGUCAAUGAACCUACUGCCGCUGCUAUUGCCUAUGGAUUAGACAAGGGUGACAAGGAAAAGCAAAUUAUUGUUUAUGAUUUGGGUGGAGGAACCUUUGAUGUCUCCUUGUUGUCUAUUGAAGGUGGUGUUUUCGAAGUUAUGGCUACUGCUGGUGAUACUCACUUGGGUGGUGAAGAUUUCGAUUUCAAGGUUGUUAGAUACUUGGCUAAGCAAUUUAAGAAGAAGCAUGGUAUUGAUAUCACUUCUAACCAAAAGGCUAUUGCUAAGUUAAAGAGAGAAGCUGAAAAGGCCAAGAGAACCCUUUCUGCUCAAAUGUCCACUAGAGUUGAAAUUGAUUCAUUUGUUGAUGGUAUUGAUUUCUCUGAAACUUUAUCCCGUGCUAAAUUUGAAGAAUUGAACCUUGCUGCUUUCAAGAAGACCUUGAAGCCAGUUGAACAAGUUUUAAAGGAUGCUGGUGUCAAGAAGUCUGAAAUCCAUGACAUUGUUCUUGUUGGUGGUUCUACUAGAAUUCCAAAGGUUCAAGAAUUGUUAGAAGCAUUCUUUGACGGUAAGAAGGCAUCCAAGGGUAUUAACCCAGAUGAAGCUGUUGCUUAUGGUGCUGCUGUCCAAGCCGGUGUCUUGAGUGGAGAAGAAGGUGUUGAUGACAUUGUGUUGUUGGAUGUUAACCCAUUGACCUUAGGUAUUGAAACUUCUGGUGGUGUUAUGACUACUUUGAUUAAGAGAAACACUGCUAUUCCAACCAAGAAGUCUCAAAUCUUCUCUACUGCUGCUGAUAACCAACCAACUGUCUUGAUUCAAGUUUAUGAAGGUGAAAGAACAAUGGCCAAGGAUAACAAUAGAUUAGGUAAGUUCGAAUUGACUGGUAUUCCACCAGCACCAAGAGGUGUUCCACAAAUUGAAGUUACUUUCUCCUUGGAUGCCAAUGGUAUCUUGAAGGUUGAAGCCAUGGAUAAGGGAACUGGUAAGUCCGAAUCUAUCACUAUUACCAACGAUAAGGGUAGAUUAUCCAAGGAUGAUAUCGACAGAAUGGUUGAAGAAGCUGAAAAGUACGCCAAGCAAGAUCAAGAAUUGAAGGAAAAGAUUGAAGCUAGAAACUCAUUAGAAAACUAUGCUCAUGUCUUGAGAGGUCAAGUCAAUGACAAGUCUGAAACUGGAUUAGGUUCUAAGUUAUCUGAAGAAGACAAGGAAACUUUGGAUGAUGCUAUUAAGGAAACCUUGGAAUUCAUUGAAGACAACUUUGACUCAGCUACUGCUGAAGAAUUUGAAGAACAAAAGCAAAAGUUAAUGGACGUUGCCAACCCAAUCACUGCCAAGUUAUACGGUGGUGCUGAAGGUGGUGCUGGAGGUGCUGGUGCUAAAUUCGGUGACGAUGAAUCUGAUGAUGAAUUUGAUCAUGACGAAUUGUAAGUGUCUCGGUAUUAUUAAAUUAUUGUUUUUAUAUUAUUUACGUAGAUAGCUAUAUAAUUUGAUAUUAUUAAUUAGAAACAUAGCAAUAAUUG